GGAAAUCUGCACAUGAUGGAUUUGAAGAGGCCUCACAAAACUAUGAUAGAGGUAAAUUGUCAAAAAAAAUAUGGUCCCAUUUUUCGUCUUCAAAUGGGAUUCCAGGAGAUGGUGGUGCUGACUGGCUAUGAGACGGUGAAAGAGGCUCUAGUGAACCAGGGAGAUGCAUUUGCAGAGAGAGCCUCUGUCCCCUUUUUUGAGGAUGUUGCAAAAGGCUUUGGUAUUAUUUUUUCUCAUGGCGAGAACUGGAAAGUGAUGCAACGGUUCACAAUAUCCACAUUACGGGAUUACGGAAUGGGCAGGAGGACCAUUGAAGACAAAAUCACUGAAGAGUGCAGAGUCUUAAUAAAGACAAUGGAAACUUAUGCAGGUGGGUUGAUGUUUCCUCCCAAUAAAAUAAAGCAUAAAUCAAUUUUAUUAAUAUUAAUAUCCAUAAUUUCUGGGAAAAAAUUUUGUUUUAUUACAAGCAGAUUUCUACGACUACUGAAGCUAUUCAAUGAAAAUAUUCAACUUUCAAGAACCUUUGAUAUGCUGAUAUAUAAUAUGUUUCCGAGGUUGGGGGCUCUUUUGAACUCUUGUAAGACAAGACUGAACAAUAGAAAGGAACUCAAUGCUUUCCUACAGGCCACUUUUAAACAACAUCUCAGUGAGCUUGGUGAAAAUGACCAGAGGAGUUUUAUUGAUUCAUUUCUUGUUCAACAAAGACAGAAGAAGAAGACAACUGAGGGAUAUUUCCACUAUGAAAACUUUAGAAGUGUUGUGAGUAAUUUAUUUGCUGCUGGUAUGGAAACGACUUCAAAUACUCUGCACUGGGCCAUACUUCUAAUGAUGAAAUUCCCAGAAAUUCAGAGGAGGGUCCAAGAAGAAAUUGCAAAAGAGAUUGGGGUUCGUGAGCCAAGGACAGAAGACCGAGCCAAAAUGUCUUACACCGAUGCAGUAAUUCAUGAAGUUCAAAGGUUUGCUGAUAUUGUUCCAAGCAAUUUGCCACAUGCAACCACCAAGGACAUAACUUUCAAAGGCUUCUUCAUCCCCAAGGGAAUGCAGAUUGUUCCAUUGCUGUCAUCAGAGCUCCAUGAUGAAUCCCACUGGGAGAAACCCUAUGAAUUCUAUCCUGAGCAUUUUCUUGAUGCUGAAGGAAAAUUUGUGAAAAGAGAUGCGUUUAUGCCUUUCUCUGCAGGUUGGAGAGUAUGUGCUGGUGAGAACCUUGCCAAAAUGGAGCUCUUCCUCUUCUUCACCAGCCUCUUGCAGAAAUUUACCUUCCAGCCACCCCUGGGAACAGCUAAAGAUGAUCUGAACUUGACCCCAACAGUCGGGUUUAUAACAUCUCCUAUACCAUACAAGACCUGUGCCAUUCCACAUUCAUAA